GACGCUGAUCCCAUUAUAUGCAGUUGUCACCUGGAUAUUGGUUCUGCCAGAAUUCGGAAAAACAGGCCGCCGAGGGGUGCGGACUCAAUCAAUCAAUCUUUUUCCAUUCCGUGGCCAUGGUGUGAGUUGGCGUAAAGGCGAAACACAGCUUCUAUAUAAACCACAGACAUCUCCUCCAGGUUCAAAAUCCUCAUCCACCAGCUUCAUCUUCAGCAAGCCAGUUCAUCCACUCAAGCCAGCCUUCCUUCAUUUUCACAGCUCCAGCAGCUUCGGACAAAAAGCCAGCCUUUUUCAUUCUUUUACCAACAACAAAGCUCAAACUUUUACCUCCAACUUCCGACUCAAUCAAUUGCAAGAAUGCAGUCUAUCGUUCUCGCCGCCCUUUACUUCGCCGCCUCGGCCGCCGCCGCCGCGACUACUACUUUCCCCAGCGCCGCUGGCUCCACCACUUUCUCGGAGCCAUACCGUGUCUCGGGCACUUACGAUGGUGGCAUGAAGCGUUUCGGACGCGGCCACGACUGCGACUCUGAUGAGGACGGUGGUGAGGAGGGUGCCGUCUUCAUUCUCGAGGAUGGAGCUACCCUGAAGAACGCCAUCAUCGGCUCUGACCAGCUCGAGGGAGUCCACUGCGACGGCACCUGCACGAUCCAGAACGUCUGGUGGGAGGACGUCUGCGAGGACGCGCUCACCCUCCUGCAGGAGUCGGGCACCUCGUACGUCAUCGGCGGUGGUGCGAAGAGCGCCAGCGACAAGAUCAUCCAGCACAACGGCAAGGGCACAGUCGUGGUUACCGACUUCUACGCCAACACCUUCGGAAAGGUGUACCGGUCGUGCGGCAACUGCAGCGGCAACGGCGGGCCCCGCCACGUCAUCAUGUCAGGCGUCGUCGUCACCGGAGGAACCGUCUUUGCCGGUGUCAACUCCAACUACGGCGAUACCGCCACCAUCUCCGACAGCUGUGGCGCUGCCCCCGCUAAGAUCUGCCAGGUCUACGAGGGCUGCGAUAAGGCUGAGGGUGACUGCGAGUCUGAGAAGCAGUCCACCGGUUUCGAUGGCGAGUCGUGCAUCGACGGUGGCAACAACAGUGCUUCUUGCUAGAGGAUUGGCGAGAUGUGGAUGGUGGUGGUGAGAAGGGUG